AUGACUAAUUGUUUGAUUUUUAAUUUUACUAAUUUAAUCGUUUUAGAUCUUACAAAUGUCAACUACCACAACCUUUCUAUUCUUGAGCUCUCUCAGCAGUACAGUACUAGCAUAGAAAGAGGUCUUGACAAGGAACAGGCCACAAAACGUAGCGCUCAGUACGGCAAGAAUGCAAUCUCUCCUCCUCCUAGUAACUGGGGAAAGAAGCUAUUCAAUUAUUUCUUUGGUGGUUUUUGCAGUCUCUUGUGGUUCGCUAGUAUUAUUUGCUGGAUUUCAUGGAAACCUCUUGGAAACCCAAACCCAGCCCCUCUCAACUUGGCUCUGGCUGUUAUUCUUAUGUUCGUCGUCUUUUUGCAAGCCUUUUUUAAUGCUUGGCAAGAUUGGUCUACCAACCGUGUAAUGCACUCUAUCAACAACAUGCUUCCCACCCAAACACUGGUACAAAGAGAGAACAAUGUGAUUACUAUCGAUGCUGUUGGUCUUGUCCCUGGUGAUAUUGUCCAUGUCAAGAUGGGAAACAAGAUCCCUGCAGAUCUACGCCUUAUUGAAGUUUCUGACGAUCUCAAGUUCGAUCGUUCUGUUCUCACUGGUGAAUCCGAAGCCAUUCCUGGUACUGUUGAUGCUACAGAUUCCAACGUUCUCGAGAGUCACAACGUGGCUAUGAUGGGUACCCACUGCUUGAAUGGAUCUGCUGUUGGUGUAGUAGUGGCUAUUGGUGACAACACAUUGAUGGGUCGUAUUGCCCGUCUUUCUCUGGCUGAUAAUGGAGCCCGUACACUUUUGCAAAUUGAAAUUUUACGCUUUGUUAUCAUUAUUGCUGUUCUUUCUAUCACUGUUGGUGCUGCUUGUAUUAUAACCUGGGCCGCAUGGCUUCGUGUCUCUUAUCCUGACUUCUUGACUGUUUCUAAUGCUUUGAUUGCUGUUAUCAGUGUUAUCGUUGCUUUCGUCCCAGAGGGUAUGCCUGUUGCUGUUACACUUUGCCUUACACUUAUUGCCAACCGUAUGAAGAGAAACAAUGUUCUCUGCAAGGUUCUUACCACAGUCGAAACUCUUGGAAGUGUCAAUGUCCUUUGUUCUGACAAAACCGGUACUCUCACCGAAAACAAAAUGUUUGUGUCUGAUGCUUGUAUCUACAACGAAUAUUUGGCCUCCCAUGUAUGCCGUGAUGUUUUGGUUCAAAGAGAUAUCGAGGUAGUCAACAAGUAUGCCCUCUCCCACCAGGUUGGCCAUCUCCAGGCCGUUUCUGCCCUUUGUAACGGAUCACGCUUUGACCCUGAAACCAUGCAUGAACAAGUACGCUUGAGAAAAACUUUUGGUGAUGCCACAGAUUCUGCUAUCCUUCGCUUUGCUGAGCAGACCAACCCUUCGUCCACUGUCGCCGACUGCCGUGAAAAAUCAGAAAAGAUUUUCGAGAUUCCUUUCAACUCCAAGAACAAAUGGAUGCUUACUAUUCACCGCCCCUUCCACCCUGACAUGGCCAACGCUCUCUCCUCCAACACAACGCACGUAUCCACUGACGAUUGGGUUCUGAUCUGUAAGGGUGCCCCUGAUGUUUUGAUGAACCGCUGCACACAUGUUAUCUUGCCAGAUGGUGUUGAGGAGCCAUUGACUGAUAAGCGCCGUGAAUUGUUGGAAGAGGUUCAGACUCGCUGGGCUAAUGACGGAAAGCGUGUUUUGUUAUUGGCUCGUCGUGUAAUUAAAGCUAGCGAUACCCCCAAUAAUAUCCAGGCCGGAACAUCAAGCUUUGGUGCCUGGGCUACACAGAUGAACCAGAACUUGGUUGUAAUUGGACUUUUGGCUAUUGUUGAUCCUCCUCGUGCUGACAGUGCAGAGACUGUAAAGAUUUGUCGUCGUGCUGGUAUUCGUUUCUACAUGGUUACUGGUGAUUUCCCUACUACUGCUGCUGCAAUUGCUCGUCAAAUUGGUAUCUUUACCACCGCCCAUCCCAAGACUAUCAAAGACCUUGAUCCUUCUAGACCUAUAGACCAGAUCCCACGAUAUAUCCAAACUGAAUUCAACAAUUCUUCCAGCAUUGAGCUCACUCAGAAGGGUUCCUCUGAGACCACUCUUGAGGAUUCCACUUCCCUUCUGUUAUCCGGAACCGAUCUUAUUACUCUGAACGAUAACCAGUGGGAGCAGGUGUGCCAGUUUGAAGAGAUCGUAUUUGCUCGUACUUCUCCCGAUCAAAAGCUCAGAAUCAUCAAAGAGUUCCAAAAGCGUGAUAAUGUGGUUGCCAUGACAGGUGACGGUGUUAACGACGCUCCUUCUCUCAAGGCUGCUGAUGUUGGUGUAGCUAUGGGCGGUGGAAGUGACGUGGCCAUUGAGGCUGCUGACAUGGUUCUCUUGGACCAAUUCUCAAGUAUUAUUGCUGCUAUCGAAAACGGUCGUUUGGUGUUUGAUAAUCUCAAGAAGGUUAUUCUUUACUUGCUCCCGGCUGGUUCCUGGUCUGAGUUGUGGCCUGUGGUUGUCAACAUCUUCUUUGGAUCUCCUCAAACCCUGUCCUCUUUCCAGAUGAUUGUUAUCUGUGUUUUGACUGAUCUGAUGCCCUCCAUGGCUUUGAUGAUGGAGAAGCCAGAAGCUGGUCUUCUUACACGCUUACCCCGUCGACCCAAGCAAGACCGCCUUGUGAAUGCUCGGUUAUUGAUGCAGGCUUAUGGUUUUAUUGGUAUUAUGGAGAUGGCCUCUUCUAUGUUUAUGUUCUAUCUCUACCUUGGAAUGAAUGGCUUGCCCCCAAACAAGGUCUUCUUCUCUUUCUCAAACUUCAACAGUCCUGAUGGCUAUAUGGGUUACACUGCCAGCGAAAUCAGCAGCCUCCUUUACACCGCCCAGUCAAUUUACUUUGUUAACCUGGUCAUCUGCCAAUGGGGUAAUGUCCUCUCUACACGUACUCGCCGCCUCUCUCUCUUCCAAACAAAUCCUCUGUGGGGACCCAGCCAGAACUUGUAUCUCUUUGCUGCCAUGAUUGGCUCGCUUAUUAUUGCGCUGAUUAUUCUUUAUGUACCCGUAUUCAACACAUACCUCCAGACUUCACCUAUUCCCGUCAAGUUCUGGUUCAUUCCCUUUGGAUGGGCUGGUAUGAUUAUGGCUGCUGAUGAAACGCGCAAAUUCCUUGCCCGAACAUACCCCAAGGGAUUCUUUGGAAAACUUGCUUGGUAA